CUGAAUGGCUGCUCGCGAAGGCCCAUGGAUCGCCUUCGUCUGACGCAGGUUAACGAUGUGUUCUAUUUGGACCCUUUUGAUGGUAAAGUCCAUGUGCGAGGAACUCUCCAUUUAACACUGACCCAUAUUUUCUUUGUUGGAGUCUCCAGAAAGCAGGAAGUAUGGCUCAACACUCGGCUUAUUGCAUCUGUCGAACGUCUUCCACUAAACACGGGCGGUGCUCCACUUGUUAUUCGAGGGAAGAAUUUCCGCAUCAUACAUUUGGUCAUACCACGGGAGCGUGACUGUCAUGAUGUGUACACAACUGUUCAGCAGCUCAGAAGCAUAGAACACGUCACCGAGCUCCCAUGCUUCCGCCUACUCCCACCUGGAUGUUACUGGGAUCGUGCUGAUGGUUGGACUACUUUCGACAUGCGCACUCAGUUCGAACGGUUUGGACUACCAAAUGCGGCCUGGACCUUAACAGAUAUUAAUCGCGAUUUCCAGAUUUGUGAUACAUACCCAACCGUACUUUCCGUCCCGGCCACCGUAUCAAGGGCGAUGUUACAUGCAAGUGCCCGCUUUCGAAGUCGUGGUCGUUUCCCCGUACUAACUUACCUGCAUCCCAAUGGUCAGUCCGCUCUGUGUCGUUCUAGUCAACCUCUUGCGGGUUUCGCUUCAAAGUGCAUCGAUGAUCAGCUGUUGCUGGAAGCCAUUCGCCUAGCUAACCCCAACCAAUCGCCUCUGUACGUGGUAGACGCUCGACCGGCAUUGAACGCUCUAACCAACCGUGCACAAGGAAAAGGCUAUGAAGAUGUCACGGUGUACCGAAAUAUCGUCAUUCAGUUUUUUGAUAUCGAAAAUAUUCAUGUUGUUCGAGGUUCAUUGGAGAAAUUAUUGAAAGUCAUUCAAGAGCCGGCCCUGAGUGUGGAUGCUUACAUCUCAGGCCUGGAUAAAGCCGGUUGGUUUCGUCACCUACGUGCGAUUCUUGAGGCGGCAUUCUUUGUUGCUGCACGGUUGAACGAGGGAAGUUCCGUGCUGGUGCACUGCUCGGAUGGUUGGGAUCGUACUGCGCAGGUCUGCGCUCUGGCCCAAAUCAUCCUCGAUCCUUACUACCGAACCAUUGCGGGUCUGGAGGCCUUGAUCAAGAAAGAGUGGUUGGCGUUCGGACACAAAUUCUCCCACAGAAAUGCUCUCACCACUACUUCAGAUCCUCGCGAAGCGUCGCCCAUUUUCACACUAUUCUUGGAUUGUGUUCGCCACUUGUGUGAACUGUGUCCCACCAAAUUCGAGUACAACUCAGAUGUACUAUGUCUGUUGCACGACGAGUCCUAUGCAGCCGAUUUUGGUACUUUUGUCGGAUGUAGUGAGAAGGAACGUUGUGAUCUCAAGAUACCCGUAACUACCUAUUCUAUAUGGCCGCUGAUCUCACAAAAGCGAGGGGAAUUCAUGAACCCGUAUUAUGCCCAUUCGGAACACUAUACCCGUCGGAGUUCUCUAGGUACUGGUAACUGCGCAUUGGCCAAUAAUGCGAAUGACGGUUGGAUCCCGACCGGGAUCGAAUUGACUUGCACCGGAGAGACAAAUAACAGCCACCGCCAUGCCGUGGACAUGCUCCCAUCGUUCGUUCUUGCCCCUCAGCUGUUCCGUCUUUGGCAUGGGUUAUUUCUUCGUUGGGAGUGGCGUUUGCCCAAACCGGAUCGCCUGUACGUGGAAACAAUGUCAGACUUCAUACGCGGCAAACACACUCUCACAUCCCAUCGACGUCUUCUAGAAGCGAGGAUACAUCAACUUUGCCGACUCCUUGGACGGUCUCCGGAUGACUAUACUUUAUCGCCUCCUCCAGACUUGACUAGCGGAGAGGAGAAUGAUUUGAACUUCGAUGUGUUGCAAGCGCCGUGCCUCGGACAACCAGACCAUUCCAGUGACGAUGCGGCAAACAACGGUACCGUCGCAGUUGACAACAAAGAACACACCGAUGAGCCUGAAGAUGAUCUGGCCUCUAUUCCCGUUCCAUCCAUUCAACAGAUCCAAGCUGAGUUGAACUCAGUGAGCGUUGAUUGGACAAACUUACUACGAAGAGAUAUUCCUUGUACCAGUUGUGGUACCUUGCUGGUUCUCGUAGAUAGCAUGGCUCACUGCCAUCGAUGUGGGACGAGUGUCUGUUCCCGCUGCAUUGUAUCCAGGCCUCGGAACAUUCCAGGUCUGUGGUCACCGCUUCUGAGGACAGCUUGGCUGUGUGAGCGAUGCUCCACCGACCCCAUUAUUGCCAAAGCGAAACAUUUCACCCAAACCACCAUCCCAUCACUCCCUGAGUCCCUUGGAGAGAACUUCCAUCCACUGCAUUGAUAUCAGCGGAUUGUUUCGGUUUUUCCUCAUUUCCUCUCGUUGGCCUAAAUUCAGGGGUGAUUCUUAUUCGUCUUUCAUAUAUUUGUAUACAUUGUCUACAAACUUUUCUUACCUAUCCAUAAUGCGGACCAUUUUCUUCCGGUUCUUUACCGUCUUCCCAAAUACUCAGUUAACACGGACAGUAGGUAUUGUUUGAUACCCGGCGAGCGUUAUCAUUUUCUCUCCUUCCAGUGCAUGCUUUCUCACCGGUAGCCGUCAAACUCAGCUGAUUCGAUUCAUCAUUCAUUUGUUCUCUAUUUCUGCGGUUCGUUUCUAUGUUUAUCUUCUCUAUUCAACACAUCAAGCGAAGUCUUUCCUUCCUCCGUGAUCGUCUGCCCCGUCUGGCAACUUUUUGAACUUGUUCCUCCUAAUGCGAAACUGAUUCAUACUCG